CUCUCUUUUAUCCACAAAUUAUUGAGCCACGGUGCGAAACUAAAUUCUUGAAUUUGCUUAUUUUGCCAAAGUUGAUAGCUAUUUUGUCUCCGUCAUGAAACCGUUUCUUCUAGCGUAUAUUAUUAUUAUACUAGCCGCAUUGCCCAUUUCCGAGCAGGAAGAAGUCACUAACGAAGAUGUCGCAAUUGCAUCGUGUGUGCACAGAACAAACUGUGCCGACUGUAUUCGAGGUGUCGGUUGUUCCUGGUGUUCUCAAGGAAAAUUUUACGUGGAUGACGAACAACCAAUUUCUCGAUGCAAUACGACGAAUGGGCAUAUGACAAUGGGUUGUCAAAGCCGAUAUCUUUUCAUACCUGAAAAUCGGGUCGAAUUUAUCAAGAAUGACGAUGUUUCAAAGGACAAGAAGGGAAAAGUGAACAUAAAACCUCAGAGACUGGAUCUCAAACUGAGCCCUCGGAUACCGGUCGAGAUUGACGUAACCGUGAUGCCAGAGGACUUUCCCCUUGACUUGUACUACUUGAUGGACCUUACCUACACAAUGGGAGAUGAUAAAAUAUUUUUAUCAAAAAUGGGAGAUCAACUUGGAACAAGGUUACAGAAUCUGACCAAAAUGUAUCAACAGGGGUUUGGCUCAUUCAUUGACAAAGUUACGAUGCCUUACGUGCGAAUGACUCCUUCAUGGCUAGAAACCCCUUGUUCUGGGAAAAAAGAGAAUUGUACAAAACCAUACGGAUUCAAGCACCACCUUUCGCUUUCUCCCGAUUUGAAACAAUUCUCAGAGAAAGUUAAUGAUGCUCAACUCUCUGCCUCCGUGGAUAAACCGGAGGGAGGACUCGAUGCUUUGAUGCAAGCAAUGGUCUGUGGGGAACAUAUAGGAUGGAGCAAUGAAUCAAGAAAAGUUAUUAUAUUUGCGACAGACGCUCCAUUUCAUUCGGCUGGUGACGGAAAGCUCGGAGGAAUAAUUCGUCCAAAUGAUGGGAAAUGUCAUAUGAAUGCAAAUGGAGACUAUACUCACUCCACUUUGAUGGACUAUCCUUCCAUAGCACAACUGAAUCAUCAAUCAAUUCAGAAUUCUAUCAUUGUGAUAUUUGCCGUAACAAAGGACCAUUUAGAUAUUUAUCGACAACUGGCUCAGAGAAUUGAAGGAUCAAAGAGUGCUCUUCUCUCAGAUGACUCGUCCAAUAUUGUGGAACUCGUAGUUCAGGAAUAUCAGAAAAUUACAUCUACAAUCAAAAUGAGUGACAAUUUUGCAAAACAAUACAUAAAUGUCUCGUACUAUUCUGACUGCAUAGAGAAUGAUGGGAGAUACACGGAUGUUUGCAAUGAAUUACCCGUGGAUAAGCCAGUCAAAUUUAGGGUAAAAAUUGAACUUUUACAAUGUCCUACAAAUAAGGAUGACUGGACACAAAUUUCUAAAAUAUACCGGGAGGGAAGGUUUCAGGAUGGGCUUAUCGUGGAUUUACAGAUGAUGUGCGAUUGUCCAUGUAGUUAUAAUUCAAAUGAAUGGGUAGAAAAUUCGCCGAAUUGUGGUGGAAAGGGCACUGAAAAAUGUGGCUUAUGCAGCUGCUAUCCACCAUUUUUUGGUGAAUUCUGCCAGUGUAAUGCGCAUGAAAAAGCUGUUCCCGUUGACGAAAAGAAGGCGUGCAUGGCAGAUAACUCAACCGAGGUGUGUUCUGGAAGAGGCUCUUGUUUGUGUGGCCACUGCGACUGCUCCAAAAGACAUAAUUCAGAUGAGAAAUAUAGUGGCCGAUUCUGCGAGUGUGACAAUUUUAGCUGUGAAAAAUCCAACGGAGAAAUCUGCUCCAAUCAUGGUUCCUGUGUUUGUGGGGAAUGCCAGUGCCAACCAGAAUUCGAGGGAAGUGCAUGUGACUGUUCAAAGGACAAGGGCACUUGUGUGAAACCAGGCAGUGACGUCGUGUGCAGUGGAAACGGAAACUGCAUAUGUGGGAAAUGCUCUUGUGAGGGAAAGCACAGUGGACAAUACUGCGAAAAAUGCUUGCACGAAACAUGUCCAACAAAAUGUGAAGAGCUUACUCCCUGCGUGCAGUGCAAGGCAUAUGGCACUGGAGAAUAUGAAAAUGCCGGAGAGUGUGAAUUAAAAUGCUACACCAAACCAAUAGCCAUUGUUGAGGUUAUUUCACAAGAUUCCUCGUCGGACGAUGAAGUCUUGUGCAGAGCUGAGGAUGCCACAGAUCAAUGCGCGUUCUAUUUUGUGUAUGAUCAAACUCCUGAUGAUCCUCGUUAUAUCGAUGUUCAAAAAACAAAAGAAUGUCCGCCCACGCCGCCAAUUUUUUGGAUUUUGAUAGCCAUUAUUUCCAUAAUUGUGGUGGUGGGAGUGUGUUUAAUUAUUGCUUGGAAAGUAUAUGCAGAAGUUUCUGACCAGCGAGAAUAUGCACGGUUUGAGGGUGAAACACAGAAGGCAGCUUUUAAGAACACCGAAAACCCAUUAUACCAAACGCCGGUGGCAACGUAUCAAAAUCCCAUGUAUGGAAAACAGAUGAAACAAUAAUCAACAUUUAUAAAAGUUAUACAAACCUCCUUUGAAUACAAGUAUAUAUUUUAUUUUAUAUUUUUUGCGAAUUAAAACAAGUAAUUAAAAUAUGCGACUAUUUUCAUCAA